GGGCGCACUCUCUUGUUGCCAGUGUCCGGGGCCAGGAGGAGCUGGGGAGCGGCCAGCGAGGAGGCAGAAGGGGCUACUAGCGAGUGGAAGGGAAGCCGUCGCCAUGCGUGAGAUUGUGCACAUCCAAGCGGGGCAGUGCGGGAACCAGAUUGGAGCCAAGUUCUGGGAGGUCAUCAGCGAUGAGCACGGCAUUGACCCCACCGGCAGCUACCACGGAGACAGCGACCUGCAGUUGGAGAGGAUCAACGUCUACUACAAUGAAGCAACUGGUAACAAGUAUGUUCCCCGUGCCAUCCUUGUCGACUUGGAGCCUGGCACAAUGGACUCGGUGAGGUCUGGACCUUUCGGCCAGAUCUUUCGGCCUGACAACUUUGUCUUUGGCCAAAGUGGUGCUGGGAACAACUGGGCCAAAGGCCACUACACAGAGGGUGCCGAAUUGGUGGACUCUGUGCUGGAUGUGGUCAGGAAGGAGUCCGAGAGCUGCGACUGCCUUCAGGGCUUCCAGCUCACCCAUUCGCUGGGCGGUGGCACCGGCUCUGGGAUGGGCACCCUCCUCAUCAGCAAGAUCAGGGAGGAGUAUCCCGACAGGAUCAUGAACACCUUCAGCGUAAUGCCCUCACCCAAGGUGUCGGACACAGUGGUUGAGCCAUACAAUGCCACCCUCUCCGUCCACCAGCUGGUGGAGAACACAGACGAAACCUACUGUAUUGACAAUGAGGCUCUCUAUGACAUCUGCUUCCGCACACUGAAGCUCACCACGCCGACCUACGGGGAUCUCAACCACUUGGUCUCGGCCACCAUGAGCGGGGUCACCACCUGCCUCCGGUUCCCCGGACAACUCAAUGCAGAUCUUCGCAAGCUGGCGGUCAACAUGGUGCCUUUCCCUCGCUUGCAUUUCUUCAUGCCGGGCUUUGCUCCGCUGACCAGCCGCGGCAGCCAGCAAUACCGGGCCCUGACGGUGCCGGAGCUCACCCAGCAGAUGUUUGAUUCUAAAAACAUGAUGGCGGCCUGCGACCCACGCCACGGACGCUAUCUGACCGUGGCGGCCAUCUUCCGAGGCAGGAUGUCCAUGAAGGAAGUAGAUGAGCAGAUGCUCAACGUCCAGAACAAGAACAGCAGCUACUUUGUGGAAUGGAUCCCCAACAACGUGAAGACGGCCGUAUGCGACAUCCCGCCACGAGGCCUCAAAAUGUCCGCCACAUUCAUCGGCAAUAGCACAGCCAUCCAAGAGCUAUUCAAGAGGAUCUCUGAGCAGUUCACAGCCAUGUUCCGGCGCAAGGCCUUCUUGCAUUGGUACACCGGUGAGGGCAUGGAUGAAAUGGAGUUCACGGAAGCCGAGAGCAACAUGAACGACCUGGUGUCCGAAUACCAACAAUAUCAAGAUGCUACUGCUGAUGAGCAGGGUGAAUUUGAGGAGGAGGGCGAAGAAGAUGAGGCUUAGGAUUGAAGUUGGUUUAGUACAAUUAGGCAAGUGUCUGGGGUGCAGUCUGUUCAGCUCUACUGGUGCAUGCUUUUUCAGUUAUACUUGGUGCUUUUUCACUGUUGCCCCAUCAGCAGUUUUGUAACUUCACUCUUUAUGUAACAGUAGUUUCAAAAUACUUCUGAAAAAGUCUUCUGUCUAAAUGUCUGAUCUCAAACAUAAAAGGCAUUUGUGUUUCA